AUGGCGUGGACUCACACAGUCAACACCAAGGUGGCAACCAGCCCCGUCGGCCGCUGGUUCCGCCUCGACGGCUGCGGCCAUCCCCGAGAGCGCAAACACUCGUACUUCCUCACCGAGAUUCGCGCCGGCCUGGCCACCUUCUUCGCCAUGGCCUACAUCAUCGCCGUCAACUCGUCCAUUGUAGCCGACUCGGGCGGCACCUGCGUCUGCGCCCGCACGCCCGUCGACCCCGUCUGUGACAAGGACCAGGACUACCUGCUCUGCGUCCAGGCCAUCAAGCGCGAUGCCGUCACGGCCACGGCUGCAAUAUCCGCCCUCGCCUCCUUUUGCAUGGGCCUCUUUGCCAAUCUACCCGUUGGCCUCGCCCCCGGAAUGGGCCUCAACGCCUACUUCGCCUACACCGUCGUCGGCUACCACGGCAAGGGCCCCGUCCCCUACCAGGUCGCGCUGACGGCCAUCUUCGUCGAGGGCUUCAUCUUCCUCGCGCUCGCGCUGCUGGGCAUGCGGCAGUGGCUCGCCCGCGCCAUCCCCCACUCCAUCAAGCUGGCGACGGGCGUCGGCAUCGGCCUCUUCCUCACCCUCAUCGGCCUCACCUACAGCGAGGGCAUCGGGCUCGUCGUCGGCGGCACCGCCACCCCGAUGGAGCUCGCCGGCUGCUCGCCCGGCCGCCUCGCCGCCGGCGCGUGCCCCAACGGCGACAAGAUGCGGCGCCCGGCCAUGUGGAUCGGCAUCUUCUGCGGCGGCAUCCUCACCGUCCUGCUGACCAUGUACCGCGUCAAGGGCGCCAUCAUCGUCGGCAUCCUCCUCGUCAGCAUCAUCUCGUGGCCCCGCGGCACCGCCGUCACCUCGUUCCCCUACACCGACGUCGGCGACAAUGCCUUUGACUUCUUCCGCCGCGUCGUCAGCUUCCACCCGAUCCAGCGCACCCUCGACGUCCAGCAGUGGAACGUGGCCGAGUACGGCGGCCAGUUCGGCCUCGCCCUCAUCACCUUCCUGUACGUCGACAUCCUCGACUGCACCGGCACCCUGUACGGCAUGGCCCGCUUCGCCGGCCUCAUGGACCCCGUCACGCAGGACUUUGAGGGCUCGUCGGUCGCCUACAUGGUCGACGCCAUCAGCAUCUCCGUCGGCGCCAUCCUCGGCAUCCCCCCCGUCACGGCCUUUGUCGAGUCGGGCGCCGGCAUCUCCGAGGGCGGCAAGACGGGCCUGACGGCCAUGGUCACGGGCCUGUGCUUCCUCGUCGCCGUCUUCUUCGCCCCCAUCUUCGCCUCCAUCCCGCCCUGGGCCACGGGCUGCGUGCUCAUCCUCGUCGGCUCCAUGAUGGUCAGCGCCGUCACCGAAAUCAACUGGAAGUAUAUGGGCGACGCCAUCCCGGCCUUUCUCGCCAUCGCCAUCAUGCCCUUUACCUACUCGAUUGCCAACGGCCUCAUUGCCGGCAUCUGCUCCUACAUGCUCAUCAACACCGUCGUCUGGCUUAUCAAGGUCGCCUCCCGCGGCCGCGUCGUGCCCCCCAACAUGGACGACAAGGAGCCCUGGACGUGGCGCAUCCCCGGCGGCUUCUUCCCUCCGUGGCUCGUUCGCCUCUUUGGCGGCAAGAAGGACUUUUGGCGCUCAGACCUGUCCCCCGCCGCCGAUCGGUCUGCGCAUCAGGAGCCCAAACUCAGCUCUGACCCCGGCGCAGCCUCGGACACAGGACACGCUGCGGAUACCCCCUCGGCCAAAGGCUAG